CCACUCAGCUGCUCAGGAGCCUUGUCUUCACCGACCAGAGAACGAAGAGUAAUUGCCGAAGAGAGAGAGGGAGAGACACCAGAAAUUCUGAAUUGGUUGCCGUAGUGCGUGGAGGCUGGCUGUGUCGUCGGCGUAGCCCUGGUCUUGCUUCCUCGGCCACCGACAUGUCGGGGAUGCAAGUGUCCACGUUUCAUGGCGUCAAGAUCUACAACCUCUCGUCAGGGAAAACCUUGCCGCAAUGGCUCUCCGAGAAGAAGCGGCGCUCCCUGUCGAAGGACGUAGAGUACCGAAGGAGGAUCGAGCUGCUGCAGGACUUCGACUUCCCGACGGCCUCUCAGAAGGUCUGCGUGUCGCCGGACGCGCAGUACGUUAUCGUCGCGGGCACGUACCCGCCGCAGAUCAAGGUAUUCGAGGUGGCCGACCUGUCGAUGAAGUUCGAGCGCCACCUCGACUGCGAAGCGGUAGACUUCAUGCCGCUGGCCGAGGGCUACGAGAAGCUCGCGUUCCUAUUGGCCGACAGGACGCUGGCAUUUCAUGCGGGCUACGGCAAGCACCACUCCGUCCGGAUACCCCGCUUCGGCAGGUCGCUGGCGUACCAGAGGGAAACCUGCGAUAUGAUGGUGGGGUGUGGCGACGGUGAGAUUCACCGAUUUAACCUGGACCAGGGGAGGUUCCGUACUGCCAUGACGUUGCCUUCAGGGUCUGCUUCGUCUCAGUGGAACCCGGCGGCUGGGAUCAACAAGAUCGAGCUCUGCGUAGUGCACCAGCUCUUGGCGGCCGGCACCGACGACGGCUUCGUGCACUUGUGGGACUCGCGGCAGGGCCAGUCGGGCGGGGGGCGCGCGGUGGCGAGCCUGGACCUCAGGGACUCGGUGGACGCGGCCGCCGUUACGGCCGCGGAGCAGACGCUGGGAGGGUUCCAGGUUUCUACCGUGGCUUUUGAUACCGACGGGCUCACGAUGGGAGUGGGCACGAGCUCGGCUCAUUGCCUGACUUUCGACCUGCGGUCUUCCAGGCCGACCUUUGUGAAGGAGCACCAGUACGGCCUCCCGAUCACCGGGAUCAAGUUCCACCAGGGCACAGAGAGGCGAGUGCUGAGCUCGGACGCGAAGACCGUGAAGAUCUGGAACAGGGACGAUGGGGCGGUGGUGACCAACGUAGAGACACCGGCGGAUAUCAACGACGUCUGCGUGGCGCACGACGCAAGGGGCGACUCGGGGCUCCUGCUAAUGGCGACGGAGCAGUCCCGGGUCCUCUCGUACUACGUCCCCGCGCUCGGACCGGCCCCGCGGUGGUGCUCCUUCCUGGACGUGCUCACGGAGGAGCUGGAGGAGGAGCAGGAGGCGUCCGUCUACGAGGACUACAAGGGCUACAUGCACGGCUACUUCAUGGACAUGAAGCUGUACACAAGGCUCAAAGCGGUUUCGGAGCCGUUCGCGUACGAGGAGUACCGCAAGAAGAAGAUUAAGGAGAAGAUGGAAGAGAAGACCAAGAGCAGGAUAUCCAUCCGGACUAACCUUCCCAAGGUCAACCGGGCGAUGGCAGAGCGACUCCUGGACAAAGCGGAGUCGGGGGACAAGAAGAGGAAGGCCAAGCUGGAAGGCGAGGAGGGAGGCGGCGGCGGCGGCGGUGUUGCUGUCUCGAGCAGUAACCCCCUCGGCGACGACCGUUUCGGGGCGAUGUUCGAGUCGGCGGAGUUCGAGGUGGACCCGGAGAGCGAGGAGUACGCCAGGGCCCACCCCACUUCGGUCAUCGCGAACAAGAUGAGACAGAAGACGGAAGACGAGGCAGAGUCCGAGGACGACGCGAUCGAGGACCGGUUCACCAAGGUCGGCGGCAUCAACAAGGGGGCGUCCAGCAGGCAUGGCCGCCCCCUUGCCCGGAGCGACUCGGACGCCGGGUCGUCGUCGUCGGAUGACAGCUUCAGCGAAGAGGAAGGGGGGGAUAGGGCAGCGGGGUCGGAUUCCGAUGGUCCGGCUACGGGCCGCGCCGGGAAGGUUAGGAAGAAGGGCGACGUGGUCCCGCGGAAGAAACGAGGUCGCGACGGAAAAACAACGAAGGGAGGGAAGCAGAGCCGUGCCAAGCCGGGCUUCUACGAGCUCAACGAUGAAGAGGACGCCGCCACGGCGGCGGUGGGGCUGGGGGGCUCGAGAGACAAGCAGGCGCAGGCGCAAAGGCGGAGGGUACGAGCCAUCCCGCUGGAAGAGCGGAUCAGCGAGGCCGCGAGAAGCGAGGGAGCAAUUGUCGACGACCGCGUCAUACGCACCAACGCGGGAGUUGUUAGAGAGUUCUCCUACGCGCCGGCCAAGGGUCGGGGGAGGGGGAAGGGGAAGAGGGAAGUCGACGGAGGGGGGGUGGCGGUGGAAGGGCUCGCGGGCGCGGGAGAGGGAGAGGGUGAUGAAAAAACGAGCGAGAGCCGCGGUCUGCAGGUAGAGGUCUCCUUUGUAUCAUAGAUCGAGCAAAUCGUUUGCUUUGGAUGCACCGACGAGUGGUGUCGUGUCGAUGUUUUAGUCGAAGAUUUGUAUGUGGUUGCGGUGAACGCCUUCUGAACACAUCUUCGUUCCUUUCGCGGGAUGGUUUCAGUAGAUGCCCGAUUGGCACUUGGUUUGGAAUUUUUGCGCGUUUAAUCAAUUUCAGUUAGAGCGCAUGUCAAAAAGAUAUUGCUCCACCGGUGGGGUAUACAAUUUGUAGUCGUUAGCAGCAUCGAAAGUGUUGAGCGAUUUCCCGAGGGAGCGGCAUGUCGUGGCGUUAGGGUACGAUACCAUCAGGGCAGACAUGCAUUUCUUGUCGACUGCACGGCAAAUCUGCGGUAGAAUCAUAAAGAAGCAGCAAGCAGUGAUUGAUGUGCGUUCAGCUGGCGCCUCGCCUCUUUUUGUGCCUGGGAGUGAGCCAUGAUAGCGAGCGACUGAGAGAGGACGGACGAAAAGGAAACGGAUGAACUCCAACGGAUCCGCUACCCUGCACGUGGCAGUAGGAUUCGCUUCACCCUGAGACCAUCUCACAUCCG